CAGCUUGAAAAAUUAUUUAUUAUAGUUUGGUAAAACUGUUUAAAUACAUUCAUUCGAAUUGUCAAAUAUUUUUGGAAUGGCUGACAAUGAUGACAGCUCGAAAAUUUUUGAUGAUUUGUCGUCAAGAAUCACAAAUAUUAUUAUCGGAAGAGGCGAAGAGAAUCGUUGCGCGAUAAGUCAAAUAUUAGAUGAUUUAAAUUCAUUAGAUUUCAGGUAUUCACUCGCAAUCAAUCCAAUAAAAGCGCAACUUUUAAUAAAUCAGUGUUGUAACUUUUUCUCGAUCGAUGACGAUUUCCUAGUUCAAAAAUGCGGCAAAUUAUUAUGGAAUAUUGUACACCUACAAAAUAUACCAAUCGAAGGAACGACAUUAACGGUCGCCAUAAAUUGGUGUUUGGGUGCACUUAAUUCUCGAAAUAAAAAUGUUAUUUUAAUUGUAUUGCAAGCCUUGAACGCACUGUUGAGAACAAACGUAGAUCAAGCCCUUUUGCUUACGGAUAAAGUUUCGGUUAAACUUAUAAAAAUUAUUAAAGGCGCGGAGAAAAUAUGGUCACCCGAACUUUUAUGGACAGCGCUGAAGUGCCUGGAAGGGUGUACAUUUCCUUCUUCAGAUCGCUACCGCUAUCCAAAUUUAGAAAAUUAUGCGCAAAUCUUUAUAUCUUAUUUAAUCCAAGAUACGAUAAUUGAAGAUAUUAUCCAUUUAAAGAUUGUAUUAGUAUGCCUGAACGGACUGCAGAAUAUAGUGGCACAAUGCCCUCGUUAUCUGAAACAAGAACUAGGACCAGUUUUGGGAAUCGUCAAAACGUUUAUGGUGUUCGGAAUGAAGGGAAUCGAUUAUAUACCACCGAAAAAGUUGACGCCUUCUCCUUUAAGUAUUCCGGAAACAUCUAAUAUUAUCGAUAAGGGAAAGAAGGGUGGUAAACUCCCCAAGCAGAGAAAACAAAGAUGUAUCGGCCCUAAAAAAGAUAAAGAAAAAUCAAACGACGAAUUGAUAAUGGAUACAGCGAUUUCCGGGUACCGUCCCGCUACGAUGGCUUCAGAUUUUAAUGCUGAUAACGGUAUCAAUUUGAUUACUUCAGCUAUUCAACUUGUUAAUAGCGAUUCGGAUUAUUCUGACAGCGAAGCCGGGAUAUGUAACAAGUUGAAUCGAUUAAAAAGUAAAAUAAGACAAGCGGCUUGUCAUUUGUUCUACGAUGUUAUUAAGAAUACUGAGAAACAUACAAUGUUCUCUUAUUGGACCAGCUUUAUACCGGACGGUACUGUUUCCGGAUCACACAAUUUGCUAGUUUGUAUAUUAAAAGACCCAUCGACGCAAUGUAAAUUAGCCGCUCUUAAUGUUCUCCUACUUUUAUUAGCUUCUUCGAAACUAUAUUUAUUUCAGGCGGAAAAUAGCGAUAAAAGUACGUCUUUUACUCCUUAUUCGGUAACUCUAGGUUUGAUGAUAAAGGAAUUACAUAAAACAUUAUGUUUCGCUCUAAUGGAAAAUUCCUCGCCGGUUUUAACGCAGAUUUUAAAAUGUUUGGCUGCAUUGGUACAAGCCACCCCUUAUCACAAAAUGCCCAGAGGGCUCAUUACCAAGGUAAUGAGGAAUGUCAAACCAUUUAUAUAUCACAAAGAUGCUCAAGUUCAAGUGACUGCCCUUAUCGUAUUGGGAUGUGUUUCGGCAUCCGAACCACUCGUGUCCGAAACUAAAGAUAUGCUAUUAAAGAAAAACAUUCGAAGUAAUGAAACCGUACAAGAUACGGAUACUGAAGAACGUAAAGAAGAAAAUGGCGAUAUAGAUUACGCACAAUUUUCAGAUUCUGAUAACGAAGAAGAUACGGACAGCGAAUCAGCUCCUUGGUUAAUAAAAGCUUGUCUUAAUAAUUUAGGUGUGAAAUUCGAAGGUGAAGAAUCGACAUGUGAAGAACAUAAGAUUCCUGUUCCGGUACCUAUUAAGUUGGAAUCUCUCCAAGUAUUAUCAUCGGCUAGUAGAAAUUAUUGCGACGUUCUAAUCGUCCCUUAUAUAUCCCAUAUCACCAAAGGUCUAUAUUCGACUGUGUCUGACAAAAGUAUGGAUCUAAGAUUCCACGCGGGUAGAGCUAUUGAUUUUAUCGGUCAGGCCAUUGCUAGAUACAUCACAGAUAGAGCCACAAAAGACGUUGUUCCCUUGGAAAAUUUCGUCAAAUUUUGGUUAACGUUAUUAGAGGGUGAAUUAAUUGAUUUGUUACAAUCAGAUGAUCAUCCGAUGUUGAAAGCCGUUGCCUGUGAUUGUAUAGGAAGUAUAGGAUCCGAUAUAUUCGAACAAUUACCGAGACACAAACAGCUUUUGUGCAUAACCGUAUUAUUUUCUUGUACCAGGGAUGAUCAGCAUAACGUUAGAGCUGCUGCAAUUAGAGCUUUGGGGGUUUGCGUCACUUUUACCAUAUUACGUCAGGAUACAGGGUUCGUAGUAGAUACAGCGGAAGCUCUUUCUAGGACACUGAAUGAUAUACAAUUAAUUGUUAGAAUAAAAGCCUCUUGGGCUUUGGGUAAUUUUACUGAUGCUUUAGUAUUGAAUUAUAAUUCCGGAGAAUAUUUAGAAGAUAUUCCCGAAGAUUUCGUUCUCAAUUUGCUCCGAAUCGCUAUGGCAUGUUCGAAAGAUAACGACAAGAUGAAAAUGAACGCCGUUCGAGCUUUGGGCAAUUUGAUUCAAGUAUCGAACGUUUGUUUAUUCCACGAUUCCGAUUUCGCCCCCUUCAUCGAUGAAGCGUUCAAUACUUUGGUCCAAAAUUCCGUUAAAGGUCCCAGUAUGAAGGUCAGGUGGAACGCUUGUUACGCGAUAGGAAAUGCAUUGAAAAAUCCCCAUUUGUAUCGAAACGAUAAUCUUUUAAGAAAAAGUUGGCAGGUUUCAGUUUUUAACGCCCUAAACGAACUCGUAGUGGGAUUUUCAAAUUUUAAAGUGAGGAUUAACGCAGCUCUAGCUCUAUCCUGCGUAUCUAAACGAGAGUAUUACGGGGAUUUUUAUUUGCACAUUUGGAUGUCGUUAUUAUUGUCUUUGGAAAAUUCUCAAAAUUUAGAAGACUUUAACGAAUAUAAACACAGAGAUAAUUUAGUCGAACAGGUGUGUUUGACUUUAGGUCAUCUAACGACGCUAUUAGAAAGACGCGACUUGGCGUUGUUAAUGGAUGUCGUCGAUCCUUAUUUAGACGCUUACAAAUUGCAUACUCGAAAAGUUUUGGAUCGUUUGAUUCCAGAAAAAUCUAAAGUUUUAACUGCGGCCGCUUUAGCUCUAAAUCGAUUAAGUGCUAAAAGUGAUCUUAGUCCUAGGGAAAAACAAAUAUUGGAUUGUUUGAAAACUGUGUAUGAACCAAUAGUUUGAUAUUAUUUUUCAUUAACAAAACAACUAUAAUUAUAAAUUUAUCCAAUUUUUUUUCUUUUUCAGUAACGAAAAAAAAAAAUUUUUAAUUACAGAAAACCCAAAAUAUAUAUCUACA